CGAGCGCUCGACACGAAAGCUGCGGGCUAGAUGGCGACCUUACCGCUUGAUCCCUACGAGCAGAGUCUCUGUCCAGAGAACCGGCAGUACAAUGCCCGCUCGAUCUAUUAUAUCAAGUCGACAAUGGCGUCCAUCUCCGGCGCAACAGCCGGUCUGCUCGGUCUGACCAACCUAUCUGGCUUUGCAUUCUACAUCAUGUCGUCGAUGUCAGUAGCGGGAUUGGUCUACCUCAUCACUACAGAGCAACAACCGCGUAAAUAUAUCAAGGGAGGCUUGCCGGAACUACUCCUGUCUGGCUUGCUCGACAAUGCGCUCAGCUUCAUCUUGUUCUGGACGCGUGAGCUGCUUCACUGCACAGAGGGAUCACGCUGACGCGACAGGAUCAACAGUCUUCUAUGGUUUAGUACACAUCUACGACUAGAUGUUCACGAAAAGCGGGACAAGAGGACCUUUCCCUCGCAGAGAAACGGACGCGCA